AUUAUCAAUACUACAAUUCUGGUGAAACGGAACUCUACUCAAAGCAAGCGAGAAAUAUUGAAAGAUCUCGUCAAAAUUUAAGUGUUUUUUUCGUGUAUUAUUGUAAAGAUGGCAUCUACAGGCAAAAAAGGUAAAAAGAACAAGGGGACCGUCAUAUCGUUGCAAUCAUUUCUUUCGAACGGUGACACACCCGCUGGAACAACGCAAGUUUCAAAGAAGGUCCGAAAUUUGGACGGCGACGACAGUGACGAUGGGGGCCACACACUACCCUUAGUUUAUCAGCUGCCAACUGCUCCCCGGGCAAAUCGGAUAUUUGAUGACGAUUCUAUUCCUCACAAGCCCCCAUUUAUAGCUUAUAUCAACAAUUUGCCAUUUGAUGCAAACGAGGAUGACAUAUACGAAUUCUUUGGAAACAUUAAUCUGGUGUCGCUCAGGUUACCCAGAGAAGAUGGCGAUACUGGCCGCUCCCGUGGUUUCGGUUAUGUUGAAUUGGAAAACCGAGACGAUUUGAUCCAUGUGCUCAGUUUGCCAGAUCCAUCCAUUAAGGGACGUCGUAUUCGUAUCGAAUUGUCCAAUGAAAAUGAUCAGCAAAAUCGCCAAAAGGGCAAUCGCCGUUUUGAAGGAUUUGGCAAUAGUGACAGGGAUAACAGGGACUCGGGCAAUUGGCGCCGAGACAGUCAGAACAAUGGCACAGGCUCGAGUGGUUAUGGCAACAAUUAUGAUCGUGGUUUCAACCGCGAUCGUAAGCCGAUUGUGGAACGGGAGGAAAACAAUACACCAGGAUCAUGGCGCACCAGUGUCAGAACUCAGUCAAAUGAUUAUUCACCUCCACGCAGAGAUCCAGAUCAGGGUGACAGAUAUAGGGAAGGACGUGGAAGACUUAAUAACGAACGUUAUUCAAGAGAUGAUGUCUCCAAUAGUACUGCUGAAGAAAGACCCAGGUUAAAUUUGAAACCUCGUACGUUGCCAUUGCCAGAGAUUGUCACUAAGCCAGAAGAGGAGGAACCUGAACCUGUUGAGGUUACCGAAGUGAAAGCUGCAUCAUCAGCAAAUGUAUUUGGAUCAGCUAAGCCAGUCGAUACUGCCACUAGGGAAUUGGAAAUCGAAGAACGUCUAGCCGAAGCCCGCCGACAAGAUAAAGCUCGUCAGGAGACAGAGGAGAUCAAUGAGAAACUGUCAGAGGUGCAAAUAGACAAGAAUGAUAACGAAAGCGUCGCUCCAAGUGUGAGCUGGCGUCGUACAGAUAACGAAGACAGCAAAAAAAAUUCACAGGAUGAACGGCGUCGAGAUGACGGAGAGUAUAAUAGAUUCAAUAAGCAACGCGAUCGCAAUGACAGAUAUGAGAAUUCCAAAGGAAAAGUAAACACAAAAGGUGAUGGAAAGUUGCGAGAGGAAAGCAAAAGUAAACGAGAUACACGAAGCGAGCGUCCACUGCCGAAAUAUCAACCAAAUCAGGCUGGACCGACUUUGCAAUCUUCCAACAAAUAUUCUGGACUUGACGAUGAAGGAUCUGAAUAAUUAAUAUUUGUAUGUUUCUAAUAAACAAUUAAAUGAAUUAAAAUAAACACAUACCGAAAAAUCAAUCUGA